AUGGCGGUAGAAACCAAGUACUAUGACGUCCUCGGCGUCUCCCCACAGGCUACUGACGCCGAGCUGAAGAAGGCAUAUAAAAUCGGUGCUCUCAAGUUCCAUCCCGACAAGAACGCCAACAACCCCGCUGCUGAGGAAAAGUUCAAGGAAAUUUCCCACGCUUACGAAAUUCUUUCCGACAGCCGUAAGCGCGAGACUUACGAUCAGUAUGGCGAAGCUGGCCUUGAAGGCGGCGCGGGCGGUGGCGAAGGCUUGAAUGCGGAGGACCUCUUUGCUCAACUUUUCGGCUUUAGGAGCAGCAAUGGCAACAGAGGUGUCCGCAAGGCCCCUACCAUUACCCACAAGCACAUGGUCUCUUUGGAGGACAUUUACCGCGGCAAGAUCUCUAAACUCGCUCUUCAACGCUCCAUCAUCUGCCCCAAGUGCGACGGUCGCGGCGGCAAGGAGGGCGCCUCCAAGACAUGCGCAGGCUGUCACGGCAACGGUAGAAGGCAGGUAGAGCGCAACCUAGGUUUCAGGGUUCAAAUCUUCGAGAUCGAGUGCCCUGACUGUGAAGGAGAGGGGCAAUCCAUCAGGGACAAGGAUCGUUGCAAGCAGUGCCAUGGCAAGAAGACCAUUGUCGACCGCAAGGUCUUGCAUGUUCACGUCGACAAGGGUGUUCAGCAUGGCACUCGUGUCGAAUUUCGCGGCGACGGCGACCAAACGCCCGGCGUUCAGGCCGGUGACGUCGUUUUCGAAAUUCUAGAAAAGGACCACGCUCGCUUCAAGCGCAUAGGAGACGAUCUUGUUUAUAAGUGCAAGAUCGAUCUUGUCACUGCCCUCGCCGGCGGCACCAUCUACAUUGAGCACCUGGACGAUCGCUGGCUGAGCGUCGAUAUCCUUCCGGGCGAGGCUAUCACUACAGCUUCUAUGAAAGUCAUACCCGGCCAGGGUAUGCCCUCUUAUCGCCAUCACGACUUCGGCAACUUGUACAUCGAUUUCGAAGUCAUAAUGCCCGAGAAGAACUGGACUCAAGACCCCAAUGCCUUUGAGGCUCUCCGCAAAGCUCUGCCUUCACCAGCCGUGCAGAACAUUCCUCCAGCCGAGUCUAUGACCGAGCCAAAUGAUUUCGAAGACGUCUCGAACGAUUUGAGGACUGGGAUCGUAAAGGCUCUUGCACAGCAAUAUCAACUGAGGGAAGAGGAGAAGCAGCGUUCAGCGCAACGCGGCCGCCAUCCGGCUGGAUUUGGUGGUGCCGAGAACGUUCAGUGUUCCUCGCAGUAA